AUGGCAGGCAAGCCUGAAUGCAGGACUCGCUUUGAGGAUUGUCAAGCAUGGUGCAUGAUGAACCAAUUUGGAGAGCAGCCCGGCAUCAAUGCCGCCCAGUUUCCAAAGAGCCGACUAAAUGUGCGGAUCCUCGAUAUUGCUUCGACCUUCAUGCAGAAGGGCGACGAUGAUAAUCUCAAUCCCCAGUCAUCCUUCCCUAACACUAUUGCCGCAUAUGACUCUAGUACACCGAGAACCUCUCCUCUUGAAGCGGUAGUUACAGGACUAGGAAGAGGACAAUUCACUGAGGGCGAAUGUCAGCAACGCUGCCAUGUAAAUCACAAUCAGUGUCGUAAGGAUCAUUGGCCGUACCAAGAAAAGCAGUGCCUGGAGCAGUUCAACGCUUGUCAAGACACCUGUGGGCAGUUUUCGAAAACCAUCCCGUCACCCACGUUAGCCUCGCCUUCGUUCCAACCUCACUGGACAUGGGAUGGUAUCACGCGUGGUAUUCGAGAGACUGGCAAGCCUGCCUAUCUGGUAGAAUAA